AAUACCACCAUUUUAUAGGGACAGCUCAGCUUCCGGUUUCUCUAGCAAAAUGGAGUUUCUAGAUAAGUUCAGUUUUCUUGAUGAUGUUCGGCGUAUGAAUAAGCGACAGCUUUAUUAUCAAGUAUUAAACUUUGGAAUGAUUGUUAGUUCAGCUCUUAUGAUAUGGAAGGGUCUCAUGGUUGUUACUGGGAGUGAAAGCCCAAUUGUUGUUGUUUUGAGUGGUAGCAUGGAACCUGCUUUUCACAGAGGAGACUUACUAGUCUUAACAAACAAUAAACAAGACCCGAUCAGAGUAGGAGACAUCGUUGUGUUCAAAAUCGAAGGACGAGAAAUUCCUAUAGUCCAUCGUUGUUUGAAAGUUCAUGAAAGAGAGAAUGGAACCAUUAAAUUUCUCACGAAGGGAGACAAUAAUGAGGUAGAUGAUAGAGGAUUAUAUGCUAAAGGACAAUCAUGGCUAGAAAACAAAGAUGUUGUUGGAAGAGCAAAAGGAUUUGUGCCUUACAUUGGAAUGGUCACUAUAUUAAUGAAUGAUUAUCCUAAAUUCAAGUACUUGGUUUUAGGAGUUUUAGGUUUGUUUGUUCUUUGCCAUCGAGAGUAAGAUCAUAAAGACGUUAUUGACUCAUUAAAACUUGUUAACUGAGGAAAAUGUUAUCAUAAUUUCCAUAGGCGUCGAUGUUCGUGUUUUAUAUAUUAUAGAUUGAGAAAUACAUUCGUUAGAUUCGUUAAAUUAAUGUAUUGACAUAAGAGUCUAUCCUAUUUAACACUGCUAAUAAAGUCUGGAC